CACACACACACACACACACACACACACACACACACACACACACACACACACACAGAGGCAGGAAGAAUCCUUGGACAUGUUCUGCAAGCAGUGGCUGUGGAAAGACUGAUUACUGCUGACAUCGUGGAAGAGGCGGAUUGGUCAGAGAUGAUUCCCCAUGAAGUCUAUGGAGCUCAUUUUGUGAGCUGGAAUGACUCCAUCUUCUUUGGUCUCAGACCUGGAGCUGGCUACCAGUGAAAGCAAAGAGAGUCAGAACCACACAGCGCACGGAGAGGCCAGCCCCUGCACGUAACCACUGAGUGGAGGUGAGAGACAGAAAGCAGCCUCAGAGGAACAUAGAAGUUGCACCAGGGAAUAUUAAAACCACGCUGGCACAAUGAAAUCGAACCAGGAGCGGAGUAAUGGAUGCCUGCCUCCUAAGAAGCGUGAGAUCCUGGCUUUGGAGCAGAGGCCGGUGGUAGUAGCCACAGCUACACCCCCAGCUGCAGUGGUGGCCGAUAGUCCCCACACGGAGAACUUAGCGUGGCUGGCAAGUGUAGCCAGUGAACGCUGCAAAUCUAGGGAUGCGGAAAGCCCGAGAUGUCCCAUCUCCUCCACUUCCUCCUCUUCUCCUUCCACCUCUGUCCCUUCCUCAUCCACUUCUCUGUCUGCAGUGCCCCUGGCCUCCCUGCCUACAGUUUACCCCACAGCCCUUCCACAGCAGACUGGGACUAUCCAGUUUGCUCAGCUGGGACCCAAUGUUCAGUUCAUCAGCUCUGGGCCUUAUGCCGGCUACAUCUCCUCUCACAUCAUCUCAACAAAUGCUAGCUCUGUGCCUAACAGCUCUGCCAUAGUGGGACAGCGUCCACAGCUGGAUAGUUACACCACUGCCCUUGUCUCCCCCAACACCAAAGGGGAGCAGCAGUUUCAAAUAGGCCUCUCCCCCACAGAACUGGCACCUGUGUCACUACCGAGCUCUCCCCAGGUCACCAGCCAGUACAUCCACCUGGACAGCAGAACGCCUCUGACUGUCAGCGGAAACGCUGUCACUUCACCCACCGCCCACCUCCAGCUCCACCCUCACACAGCUGUCCUCCCUCAAACACUUACCCUCGCUCCCUCCCAGCUGGUGGUUCAGUAUGCAGAUGGUUCAGCUGGAAAGAAACCAGAGGGACAUGCUAAGGGUGUACUGAAUGGGGAAUUGGAGGUGGUCAAACAGGCAAAAGCCCCCAGUCAGCCAACAAACCAUCAGCAGGUUCAGAGCUAUGAGGCCAGACAUAUCCUUCUGCCAGCAGACUAUGGCCAAAACCCUGCAGGACUCCAGACCUCCUUGGUGCUGGUGGCCCAACCCAACCAUGGAGCUGAACAUGAAGCAGGCUCAAAUAAAAUCUCCUUAGUCCAGACUGAGAAAGGAAGCAUCUGCUUGGGGAAACCAGUGUCCAGAUCUUCCUCUUUCACCUCCCUCUCUUCCUCAGAGGUGGUGAAGUCUGUUGCUCCCCAUACAGUCAUCCAGACCACUCUUCCCCCUGAGGAGCUGCCAGCCAAUCUCUAUUCCUCCUCACAGCCACCCAUCAUUGGCUAUAUCACCAGUGCGAAUCAGCAUGCUGUCAGCUACCAUGCGGCGCUGCCCCAGCACCUGGUCAUUCCCAGUGGCCAGUCCCUCCUCAUCCCGGUCAGCGGUGCCAAUAACGGCACAGAAAUCGAGGUUAGUCGUACUGUCAGCACCCUGACAGCUACCACUACCCCUCAAAUAUCCACCGCCAUGCCACAUGCCUAUCUGGCCACAGCCCUGUCCAAGUGUGAGGCGCUUGGGCCAGAUGGAAAUCAACCACCCCCUGCCGUCGCACAGGCUCCAGUGCUGCCGGUCCUGCCCUCAAACCCGGCUCCCACAGUGGUGGCAGCUCCCUCCCCAACGCCCGCUCCUGUCCCAGCCGCGGCCCCUGUUUCCAUCCAGGCCUCCCCCUCCAUUUCCUCCUCCUCUUCCCCUGUGGCGCUUCCUCCAUUCUUCAUGCGAGGUUCUAUCAUCCAGCUGGCUGAUGGGGAACUGAAGCGUGUGGAGGACCUCAAGACAGAGGACUUCAUCCAGAGCGCUGAGAUUAGCAGUGAGCUGAAGAUUGACUCCAGCACUGUUGAGCGCAUUGACAGUGGACAAACUCCCAAUGCUGUGGUCAUUCAGUUUUCUGUGGGAGAGCUCAAGGCCCAGGUGUGUGUAGAGGUGCUGGUGGAGUACCCCUUCUUCGUAUUUGGUCAGGGUUGGUCCUCCUGCUGCCCAGACCGGACCACCCAGCUGUUUGAGCUGUCCUGCGCUAAGCUGUGUGUGGGUGAUGUGUGCGUGUCGCUGACCCUCCGCAGCCUGAGGAAUGGAUCGGUAACAGACAGCCAGGCUUUGGGGACUAAGCUGAAGACGAGUCACCUGUCUGACUCCUGUCACAGUGUGGAUGCCACUGUAAGAAACAGUAUGAGUCAAAACGCUGCAGGCAGUAACAGUGGCCUUCUGAUGAAGGCUUCCAGUGCAGAUAGGCUGGAGAGGGAGCAUGUAACUGGACCGGGACCAGGACUAGAACUACCACCAGGACUGGGACUAGUUCCAGGAACAGCGGAGGGGAUCUACGGAGCUGGACCAAUGCUGACAGCCUUGGGGACUAGAGAAGUAAGACAGGAAUCGGUGAAAACAGACAUGCCUGCUCUUACCAAAAUAAAAUGUGGUGAUCCAGAGAGACCCACAGUCCGCAAGAGACGCUGGUCAGCUCCGGAGAGAGACCAGACUGAGAGAGCUGAGGAGGAGCCACCUCUGACUCUGCCCAAACCCUCUUUCGUCCCUCAGGAGGUUAAAAUCAGCAUAGAGGGGCACUCCAGUACCGGGAGUGAAAGAAGUCUGAUAUCUACGAUGAAGUACAGUAGAGCACCUUCAUAAGUGGUAUCACACAUGAGAUCAGUGCAAUCAAUGCUGAAAGCAAAAAUGAAUGCAGCGUGAAUGUUGAGUAUGAAUGGCAGUCGAUCACAUUUCACUUUGAUCUCCUUUGUCAUGUGGCUUAAAACUGUUGAAUACAGACCCGUCAACCAUUCCCCUUAUCACGUGAACAAGCACAGACCCUGAUGUCAGCGCGUAGAAAGUGGGUAACCAUAUUUUGACUCUCGCUCUGUUUGUUUCACUGUUCAUUUGGUUUGUAGUGACGUUUGUGAGUUGAAGAGAGACCCGUGUUGUUUCAGUGACAAUGCUCAAUCGUCAUGGCUGUGAUUAAUCCUGCCUUGUGUAUCUGAUGAUGCUUUGAGUUUUAUUUUAUCACUUUGUUUUUCAUACCAUUACAGAUUUGUGCUGCCACCGUUGGGUUGUGCCACUUGUCUCCAUGUGUAUGCGCCUUGUGUGUUGGUUUGUGUGUUUUUCUGUGUGGCUAUGAAAUGGAGCACAGGAGUCAGGUGUGUGUGUGUGUGUGUGUGUGUGUGUGUGUGUGUGUGUGUGUGUGUGUGUGUGUGUGUGU